GCCCGCAAGGCCUGUGGCACAGCCCCUUGGUGACUUUCUUUCUGGUGUCACGUCUGUGUGUCCCUCCUCUCUGCUGCUGUCCCCUCCUCCUGCCGCCACCGCCCACCUCAGACUUCCUCCUUCGCUUGGUCGGUUGGACGUCACACCCCACCCCACCAGCCGCUGGACUGCGGUGUCCAGUGCCCGUCUGGUCACCAUGGGGGUCCUGGAGCCCUCCUGUCCCCUGCUGCUCCUUCCUGUCCUUCUGACUGUGGGAGGAUUAAGUCCAGUCCAGGCCCAGAACGAAUGCAACUGCUCUCCCGUGAGCCCAGGCGUACUGGCUGGGAUUGUGCUUGGUGACUUGAUGCUGACAUUGCUCAUUGCCCUGGCUGUGUACUCUCUGGGCCGCCUGAUCCCUCGAGGCCGAGGAACUGCAGAUGGGAACCGGAAGCAGCACAUUGCUGAGACAGAGUCACCCUAUCAGGAGCUUCAGGGUCCGAGGCCAGAUGUCUACAGUGACCUCAACACACAGAGGCAGUAUCACAGAUGAGCCCACACUAUGCCGAUCUGCAACCUGAUGCCUGGAUCCAGUCAUUCCGGAUGCCUACUCAACACACCAUCCCUGGGAUACAGACCCACACAGUGUCCCCAGUGAGAUGUCUGACCCCCUCCAUUCUGUCCCCAAAUAAACGACAGAGCAAAAACCA